UUUUCCCUCAAUAUGUCACACACUAAGGCCGUCCGACCAGUUUUUCUGGGAUUUCCAGUCCUAACAGACAUAUUUUUGGAUUUCCAACUAACUUGCAGCCUCUGUUCUGUACAGGGUUAAUGACGAAGCAUUCACAGAAGUGAAAAACAGGUUUCCUUCCGAGGAAUGGACGUGGCGUUAAAACAAGGAAGACUUGGGAUUUUGCCAUUUGCAGACUGUGCACCUGUCUCUGACACUGGCUCUAACUAGAGGUAGGUACUGAACGGAUCCAGGGUCCAUAUCUACAGCACCACUUACAGAAUAGCAUAUGUUUUAAUUGUUGUCACCUCAUGGUGCCUGUGGUUUAAUUGGGGUCACCUCAGGGUCCCCAUGGAUUAAUUGGGGUCACCUCAUGGUCCCCAUGGAUAAAUUGGGGUCACCUUAUGGUGCUUGUGGUUUAAUUGGGGUCACCUUAUGGUUCCUGUGGUUUAAUUGGGAUCACCUCAUGGUGCCCUUGGAUUAAUUGGGGGUCACCUCAUGGUCCCCAUGGAUUAAUUGGGGUCACCUCAUGGUGUCUGGUUUAAUUGGGGUCACCUCAGGAUCCCCGUGGAUUAAUUGUUGUCACCUCAUGGUGCCUGUGGUUUAAUUGGGGUCACCUCAUGGUCCCCAUGAAUUAAUUGGGGUCACCUCAUGGUCCCCGUGGAUUAAUUGGGGUCACUCAUACAGUGUUUCUAUAAGGGAUUGUUCAUAAUCCCAGCUUUAGUGAAUUUAUUUUCCUUUAAAGUUCCGUAAUCCAUGUUUUAAUUGUUGUCACCUCAUGGUCCCCGUGGAUAAAUUGGGGUCACCUUAUGGUGCCUGUGAUUUAACUGGGGUCACCUUAUGGUCCCCAUGGAUUAAUUGGGGUUACUUUAUGGUCCCCGUGGAUUAAUUGGGGGUCACCUCAUGGUCCCCGUGGAUUAAUUGGGGUCACCUCAUGGUGCCCAUGGAUUAAUUGGGGUCACCUCAUGGUCCCCGUGGAUUAAUUGGGGGUCACCUCAUGGUCCCCGUGGAUUAAUUGGGGGUCACCUCACGGUCCCCGUGGAUUAAUUGGGGUCACCUUAUGGUCCCUGUGGUUUGAUUGGGGUCACCUCAUGGUGCCCGUGGGUUAAUUGGGGGUCACCUCAUGGUGCCCGUGGAUUAAUUGGGGGUCACCUCAUGGUGCCCGUGGAUUAAUUGGGGGUCACCUCAUGGUCCCCGUGGAUUAAUUGGGGUCACCUUAUGGUCCCUGUGGUUUGAUUGGGGUCACCUCAUGGUCCCCGUGGAUUAAUUGGGGGUCACCUCAUGGUCCCCAUGGAUUAAUUGGGGGUCACCUCAUGGUCUCUGUGGUUUGAUUGGGGUCACCUCAUGGUGCCCGUGGAUUAAUUGGGGGUCACCUCAUGGUCCCUGUGGUUUGAUUGGGGUCACCUCAUGGUGCCCGUGGAUUAAUUGGGGAUCACCUCAUGGUCCCCAUGGAUUAAUUGGGGGUCACCUCAUAGUCCCCAUGGAUUAAUUGGAGGUCACCUCAUGGUCCCCGUGGAUUAAUUGGGGUCACUCAUACAGUGUUUCUAUAAGGGAUUGUUCAUAAUCCCAGUUUUAGUGAACUUUCUUAUUUUCCCUUAAAGUUCCGUAAUCCAUGUCAUAUGAUGUUAUUAGUGUAUUUAAAGGGACAGUGUCAUGUCAGAUAUAAUAUAAUGUCUCCCUUUACAGAGCUUUUCAUUGUAUUUGUGCCCUAAUGGCGUAUAUUAAUGUUUCAUACUUACAGAUGCUGGUACCUACCUCGACUUACAGACAUAAAGAAUAGACCAGGCACUCAAACGGAGUGUAGGGAGCGGACUUGGAGGAGUAAAGAUAUUGUAAGUAGGUAAAAUAAAAUCAGUUUGCCACGUCUAUUCUGUAUGCUUUCAAUUUAGGCACUGCGGCAAGUGUGACUGACUGGUGAGAUCUCCCAUCUGCUGGGAUUCUACACUUUUCCUGCGAGUUUCGACAUGUGUAACUAGUAAAAUUGUACGGAGAAUAACGCAGAUAAACCGAACUGUCUGCCAUUACUGUCUGCACACCCGGAAUUCGAGAUACUCAAUGUGGAUCUUAAUUUAAGAUUUUUGGAUAAGCUUUUAAAAUUAGUUUUUUUUGUUUUUUGUUUUUUUUCCCCUCAAAAUAUCAAAAUAUAUAUCAUAUAUAAACAUAUUUUAAAAUACUUUUCAACAUUUUAAAAGUUUAUCCAAAAAUAUUAAAUCUAGGCUUUUAUUACAAAAAAUCAAAUUUUGUAAAUCUUUUUAUCUCCCUAAAAUCCUCACUUGUCAUUUGCCAUUUUCCGCUUUAGCCUCAUAGCUGGAUUAUUGAUUAAAGCAGCUUGCUGUUGUGGUUAUGGUGUCAAUAGUGCCCUGGUAUCGUCACUGCGUAAUUUGUCAAAUUGAUUUAAUAUGGAUUGAUAAAUCACCUGGGUCCCACCACUCACCACUGGUGACAGGACUCUGUGAGACUGCAUUCAUUGGCAGAGAGUGUCAGCAGAGCACUGUCCUUCAACGAGAGCAGUCCUCGAUCGGCUGCGCUUAGCUCUUCCGCAUGAGUAGACUAGACGUAGUAUGAAUGACCGAGGGACCCAGGUAAUUUGUCAGAACGUUCUAAAACAAGAUGCAACCAGGGCACACCUGUCACCAUAGCCACUACUGAGGGCCAUGGUGAUUAUGGUACUUGAAGGGUUCCUUUAAUUCAAACAAGGUUCUUCGUCAAAGCCUGAAUUGUUAGGAACUCAAAGUGAAUUACAAAAUUAUAGACAAAAUAGAUGAACUUAAAGCAUAGCCAACUUGGAGAAUUUUCCCAAUUUGAUUAUUUUGUUCUGAAACUUGAAAACCACUUUGAGUUCCCAGCAAGUCCCACGUCGGUGGAUUACUUGUAUACUAGAUGCAGCUGCUGAGGCUCCCAGGGCUGGUAAAAUGAGGAGGGUAAAUAUUGCGUAAAUCCCAUUUGAUAAGCGGGCAGUGCCUGCAGGACAGAUAAAUCCCCGAUAAUUGGGAGUAAUAAAUUAAUGCUGUAAAAUGAUACCAUUAUUAGAGCACAGUUUAGAAAUGCUGGGAUUAGAGAUAAUCCUGUAUUGUGUGUCACCGACUCCGACACAGGAUUUGUGAUGUUUUAUAAACGUGAUUAACGUGGAGGAAGUGAACCACACCAUGUAGAACAGGAGGCCACAUCAGAUGUAGUCUAUGGACACUAGUUGGCAAAACUAGUCUUCCCAACAUCCAUGUUUGUAGUAAAAAAUGAACUACAUGAUACAUUACAUAAUGGUGUAGUUGUUAUGGUGCCAGGAGUGUCAGUUUUAGUAAUGGGUCCCCUUGGUGCCCACACACCGGUUCUAGUCUUGAAGAAAGAAAAGCUGGAUGUCACUGUAAAAGCAUGGCGAUCCAAGACUGUGCUCAUUGGUUUUCGUGCACCGCUGACACCCCCGGCCAAUCAGCUCAGUCCAUAAUGGCUCUGUACAGCCAAUCAGAUUCUCCUGCAGGAGAAGACUGGAAAUGGGGUUUAUAGCCGUGUACGCCAGGUGACACUAGGAUGGCACCUGUGCACGCCUGGUACCACAAACACAACAGUGCCCUCCUGGAACCACAAACACAACAGUGCCCUCCUGGAACCACCAUAGUGCCCUCCUGGAACCACAACCACACCAAUGCACAAUAGUCAAUUUGGUGCUUGGAGUGGUAGGUGUUCAUAGAGAAUCCCUUUAAGUCCAAGUACGUGGACUGGCUGCACCAUAACUGCGUGGCACGUGGCUCAUUCACUGCUUGUUACUUUGUUUCAGAGAUAUGACACAGAGGAGGCUUGCUGUUCCACAUGGACCUGUGUAUGUAUGGACUCAAUAAAGGGUGACUCUCUGGCUGGCCGCCCUCUGGGAGAUCUGAUGGGGAAGGACAACUUCAUGUCAACCAAUGGGAGCGUGUUGGGGACUGAAAGCAUGAAAGAUUUAUUUCACGAGGAUGCACAGGUAAAGAGCUAAACCACGCAUUGCAUACUGCAUACAGUGGUUAUCUGGUUUGUUGCUCACGUGCAGUUUCCUAUAUAAAAUCUAUCUACAUUCACAACUUUGUGCUAUUUUACCUUGUGGAUUAUUUUGGGUUCCUGUAUUGGGCAAAAGGGUAUCCGUGGCAGUGAUACGUUGGCAGACCACCACAGAUGGUCUCUCUAACUCUGGCUGUCUGGUCAGUCUGUCUCUCUCUCCCUUUCGCUGCCUGGUCAGACUGUCUCUCUCUCUCCCUCUCGCUGCCUGGUCAGAAUGUCUUUCUCUCCCUCUCGCUGCCUGGUCAGACUGUGUCUCUCUCUCUCUCUCUCUCUCCUCUCGCUGCCUGGUCAGGACUGUCUCUCUCUCUCUCUCUCUCUGGCUGUGCCUCGCUGCCUGGUACCGUCUCUCUCUCUCUCUCUCCCCUCUCGCUGCCUGGUCAGACCUGCUCCCUUCUCGCUGCCUGGUCAGACCGCUCCUCCCCUUCCGCUGCCUGGUCAGACUGUCUCUCUCUCUCUCUCUCCCCCUCUCGCUGCCUGGUCAGACUGUGUCUCUCUCUCUGUCUCCCCCUCUCGCUGCCUGGUCAGACUGUCUCUCUCUCCCUCUCGCUGCCUGGUCAGACUGUCUCUCUCUCCCUCUCACUGCCUGGUCAGACUGUCUCUCUCUCCCUCUAGCUGCCUGGUCAGACUGUCUCUUUCGCCCUCUCGCUGCCUGGUCAGUCUGUCUCUCUAUCCCUCUCUCUGCCCGGUCAGUCUGUCUCUCUCGCCCUCUCUCUGCCCGGCCGGUCCCUCUCUUUUUCCUGUGCCCGGUGUCAUUCUGUCCUCCUGUCCCCCAGUCGCAGGCCCAGCCGUGGUGGAAGAUCCAGCUGUUUGUUUGGGAGCCCGUCCUGUUCGGUACCUGGGAUGGCGUCUUUACAUCGUGUAUGAUUAAUAUAUUUGGCGUGGUUUUAUUUCUACGGACAGGAUGGCUCGUGGUAAGUACUAGAUGUACAAAACAACUAAGAAUAAAGAAAAACAGAAUAUAUUUCUUGCUCUCUAUUAUAAAUUUUAAUUUACGGAAUCAAUGAUUUAUCUUCCUAUGUAACGUGUGAAGCACAGUAUUUGCAGAUAUUUAUAAAUCGUUGCAGUAUCCCUAAAAAUAGAAAGAAUGGUCUGAAUUUUAUAAGAAUAGAAUGAAUGAAAUAUUUCAUCCCAUGCGGACUCAGCCAGUGUUCUUCCAGUCUGCCACAUUGCAUCAAAUGUUCCUUAAAUAUUAGCAGUUUUCUGUUUCAACAUAUUAUCCACACACUACUUAUUAUCUUUUCUUUUUUUUUAAUGACAAAAUCAGGAGACUACAAAAACACUAUGGGGUGGGACACAAACUUUUUACAGUUUUUAAACUGUUUUCAGAAAUGUUGUAACAAUUUUCUUUGAAACAAAAUCCGGGCAAUAGAUAAAUGUUGGCAUCACUUGUAAACAUCAUACCUGGUCAUCACCCGCCACCCACUACAACAAUGCCAGCUCUCCCUGCUCCAACAGCCAAUCCCACUACUCCCAGGCAGAGCAAUCAAUCCAUCCGUCAGCCCAGAUGUUGACAGUUUAGUUCCCUGUACCACCUAUGUACCAGGAUUGGAGGGUGUCUAAAAUCCUGGAAAUUCAAAUCAAAUAAUAGAGGACAAUCCGUGUGCAACACCCUGCUAUAGACAACACCCUGUAACACUGCAUUUCUGUCCUGUAUUAUAGCAUUCUAGUUUCCAUAGUGCUAGCGUAUGCUGCCGCGCUGUACAAUGAUACAUAGUCUGUCUCUUGUGUUUUAUUUCUUUUUUUAAAAAUGGCGUUAAAGGUUAAUUUGGAUGUUCUGUGCGGUCGCUAUGGAUCUCUUCUUACCUUCAGCGAUUCAUAACAGUUUUACAGACCCAUAGAAUAGUCUGAAGCAGUUUAUUUGCAUGCAGCUUCAACCCAUCAUUUAUUUAGUAAUAUUUUAAAAGGACACUCCUAAAAUAAGAAUCUUCAUGCAUUACAUUGAAAUAAACAAUACUACAUGUAAGGAAUGUGUUAGAAAAAUUCCAUCAGAGCCACAUACCUUACUGUCAGCGCCUUUCACCUGCAGCGUUUAACCAGAGUGGGGGUCUCUUUACUUCUAAUUAGGAAAUCAUUCGAUUUAUGUAGCUUAAAUGAUUUUUAUUUUAAGGGCCACUCCAGGAUGCUAGUGAGCCCAAUUGUAAUGCAUGACAUGCCGUAAAAUUUAUAAAAUAAUUGAAAUGCUUGUCUUAAGGAUAAAGACGUCUGUGCUGUCAUAGGCAUUUCAUCCCUCCUUAAAUUGCUAUUCAUCCAGUAAACGGAUUGUUCCGUGCUGGUAAAGGGUUAUCACACCUGUGAUUGCUCACCCACAGACAGACUCAGCAGGCAGCCCCACUCUCCUGAAACCAGGAAGAGACUCCACCGAUCAGGAGCCUCUGAUUUUAUUGAAUGGGAUGUGAUGUUUUCCCAGCAGAGGUUUAUGCAUUUGGUACUCCCGCCAGGUGGUUACAAUGCUCAGACUAGCCUUUUCUAAUUUACAGUGAGAAGACCUAAUCUAAUGUGUCUUGUCUCAAACGCUGGCAUUCUGCUUGAUAAAUUAAGUGUUUAUAUCUAUUAAUUAAAAUACCAACAUGGGAGCUCGCUGUACUCUCUCAGGGUCUCGAGCUCUAUGGAUGGAUCUCUAUGUCUGCAGACCAUAUUCACAGCACUGGCAGACAUUGUCUGGUGACUACCAUUCUGCAUGGCUACCAAGUGGUUCAGAGCCCAGAGUGUCCUUUGACAGCAUAUGGCAUUAUUAGUAAUGGGCCUUUCAUUUGAAUUUUCCCCCUUUUAGGGUAACACUGGAGUUCUCCUGGGAAUGGUCCUUGUAUCCUUCGUUAUUUUAGUAGCACUGGUUACCGUGCUGUCCGGCAUUGGGGUGUGCGAGAGAUGCAGCAUCGGUAAUGGUGGCGUUUACUCCAUGAUUUCCACUGUCCUGGGGGGCAAGGUCGGGGGCACGGUUGGUCUGCUCUAUAUAUUUGGGCAGGUAAGUGACAUCCUGUCUCCAUUUUCAGGAUUUCCCUACGCAGAUUGAGACCAGCUGCAGUUCUCAGAGGGUUAAAUGAUGGUGUAUUUUGAAAAAGCAAUGCAGAACAGAUAUUUGGGCUGCACACACUCGUUUGAAAAAUAGAAUUUGCUAAAUUUUGGCCAAAACGGUUAUUUUGGAAAAUGUUUAGGAUGUUUCGGCAGUGUCAGUGACUGCCAACUUGGAGUGUACGCCUUGUGGUUUAGCUUGUGUGUGCUCUCCUGGACUCCCCUUCCAGAGGGGAAUUCAUAGCUCCUGAUGGCUCUCAAUCUGUGGAUCUAUGGGGGUAAAGCUAUUGAAAGGCCUUUGAGUAAAGUUGGUCUGUAACCGAUAGAAUUAACCGAUAGAAUUCCUUAAAAUCAAUGUCGGACAUACUAUCAGGUGAGACAAUCACAGGUUACUCACUAUUCAUUCUCUGUAUUUAUUAACUUGUAGAAUAAUUUCAUAAAAUGUUUUUAAUAAUUUACCUCUUCACUACCUGGCCCCUCUGGCUAUCUCCUUGUAUCCUCUGUGGCCCAUCUAUGUCUGUCUGUCUGUCUCUCUCUCCAUGGACUGUGUGUGUCUGUCUCGGCUCUCUCUCCCUCUCUCCAUGGACCAUGUGUUUUUGUGUCUCUCUCGACUCUCUCUCCAUGGACCAUGUGCUUGUGUCUCUCUCGGCGCUCUCUCUCUCCGUGGACCGUGUGUGUGUGUGUCUCUCUGCUCUCUCUCUCUCCAUGGACCGUGUGUGUCUCUCUCUCGGCGCUCUCUCUCUCCAUGGACUGUGUGUGUCUCUCGGCGCUCUCUCUCUCCAUGGACCAUGUGUUUGUGUGUCUUUCUCUUGGCUCUCUCUCCAUGGGCCGUGUGUGUGUCUCUCGGCUCUCUCUCCAUGGACCGUGUGUGUGUGUGUGUCUCUCUGCACUCUCUCUCUCCUUGGACCUUGUGUUUGUGUGUCUUUCUCUCGGCUCUCUCCCCAUGGACUGUGUGUGUCGCUUUCCUUCCAUGGGCCCUGUGUUUGUGUCGCUCGCUCUCCAUGGGCCAUUUUGUGUGUGUGUGUCUCUCUCGACGCGCUCUCUCUCCAUGGACCGUGUGUUUGUGUGGCUCUUUCCAUGGACCGUGUGUGUGUGGCUCUCUCUCGCUCCCUCUCCAUGCACCGUGUGUGUCUCUGCUCUCUCUUCAUGGACCAUUUAUGUGUGUCUCUCCCAGGCUGUGCGCUCUGUAUGUCUCACCUUGGCCCCUGUGUCUCCCCUGGCCUCCAUGUUUUUCUCUGCUGCUAACGAUGAUGUCCUCUCAGUGUGUUGCAGGCGCUAUGUACAUCACCGGUUUUGCCGAAUCCAUCUCGGACCUGCUCCACCUGCAUAAUAUCUGGGCAGUGCGGGGGAUCUCGCUGGCGGUGCUUGUGGGAUUACUGGGAAUCAAUCUGGCGGGAGUCAAAUGGAUCAUUCGCCUGCAGCUUCUGCUCCUUUUCCUGCUUGCAGUGUCCACCUUGGAUUUUGUAAUUGGCUCAUUUACGCACCUGGAUCCAGGUAAGGUUGGUCUAUCCGCCUGCCCAGGUGGUCACGCAGCUUUCAGACCAAAUACAGUGCAGGGGAUGGAAGGGAAGAUUGCGGCAUUAGAGCUGGAAUCUCAUGUUGCUGGUGUUUUUUUCUAAUUGUUGGACAAGAUCCACCCAGAGUGCAGUUACUGGGGACCCUGGCAGGAGGGGGUUAAUAAGCAGACUAUAAAUUCUGACACACAGACCCCUUUUCCCAGCAGUUUGUUGGUCCCCGUUAGGCUCUGGGUUUUUUAAACACAGCCACACGAUGGCAGCGCUGUCCUGUAAUGAAUCCUCGACUGAAUUUCUUCCUUUAUUUCAGUGUUGAUUGUGCAUUCUUUGUGAAAGCAGGAAGAGCGUGCUCCACGUGUCACUAUCCUGUUGACAUUAAAAACAAAUCAUUAGAAAUUAGGAGAAUUUAUUUAUACUUUCUACAAAUCUGAUCUGCAACCUCUGUGUGUACCCUGAACCUUGCUCUGCACAUCCUGCGCUGUGCUCUGCAUGCCCUCACUGUGCUCUGCACAUCCUGCGCUGUGCUCUGCAUGCUCUCACUGUGCUCUGCACAUCCUGCUCUGUGCUCUGCAUGCUCUCACUGCUCUGAACAUUCUGCGCUAUGCUCUGUACAUCCUGUGCUGUGCUCUGCAUGCCCUCGCUGUGCUCUGCACCUCCUGUGCUAUGCUCUGCAUGCCCUCACUGUGCUCUGCACAUUCUGCGCUGUGCUCUGCAUGCCCUCACUGUUCUCUGCACCUCCUGCGCUAUGCUCUGCAUGCCCUCACUGUGCUCUGCACAUCUUGCACUAUGCUCUGCACAUCCUGCGCUAUGCUCUGCAUGCCCUCACUGUGCUCUGCAAAUCCUGCGCAAUGCUCUGCAUGCCCCCUCUGUGCUCUGCACAUCCUGCGCUAUGCUCUGCAUGCCCCCCUGUGCUCUGCACAUCAUGCGCUAUGCUCUGCAUGCCCCCUCUGUGCUCUGCACCUCCUGCGCUAUGCUCUGCAUGCCCUCACUGUGCUCUGCACAUCCUGCGCUAUGCUGUGCAUGCCCUCACUGUGCUCUGCACAUCCUGCGCUAUGCUCUGCAUGCCCUCACUGUGCUCUGCAUGCCCUCACUGUGCUCUACACAUUCUGUGCUAUGCUCUGCAUGCCCUCACUGUGCUCUGCAUCGCCUAUGCUAUGCUCUGCUCUGCAUGUUCUCUCAGUGCUCUGCACAUCCUGUGCUCCUCUCUGCAUACAGGAAUUGUGCGCUGCAGCCCCUGCACUAGGCUCUGCAUACCCUCACUGUGCUCUGCAUCUCCUGCGCUCCGCUCUGCAACCCCUGUGCAUGACUCUGCUUUGCACUCUCUGUGCUUUGCUUUUUUGCUAUGGUCUGUGCUCUGCAUGGCCCGCAAGCUCAUUGCUGUGCUCUGCAUGGCUCCGAAUUUACUGUGCUCUGCCUGGCUCUGCACUCUCUGAUGUGCUCGGCCUGGCUCUGCACUCUCUGAUGUGCUCUGCCUGGCUCUGCACUCUCUGAUGUGCUCUGCCUGGCUCUGCACUCUCUGAUGUGCUCUGCCUGGCUCCGCACUCUCUGUGGUGUGCUCUGCCUGGCUCUGCACUCGCUGUAGACCAUGUGUUUUUGUGUCUUUCUCUCGACUCUCUCUCCAUGGACCGUGUGUGUAUGUCUCUCUCAGCGCUCUCUCUCUCCAUGGACUGUGUGUGUGUGUGUCUCUCUGCGCGCUCUCUCUCCAUGGACCCUGUGUAUGGGUGUGUGUCUCGGCGCUCUCUCUCUCCAUGGACCAUGUGUUUGUGUCUUUCUCUCGGCUCUCUCUCUCUCUCUGUGCUUGGCUCUGCACCCUCUGUACUGUGCUCUGCCUGGCUCCGCACUCUCUGUGCUGUGCAUGGCUCCGCACGUGAAUAUAUGAAGCAACGUUACAUCAGAUUUUCUUGCAGCAUUUUUCAUGUAAACAGGAUCGAAAACUUUUUUCUCUCCUGUUGAGUGUUAACUGAUUGAAUGUUUACAGUGUGACUAUUGGAAGCAAUCUUACAACGCAAGGGUUAACUGAAUAUUGUGAACAGUCUGGCACUGCGGGGGUUACGCUGUAGGGUGUGCCCUGUUAGCAAGCUGAGGAAGGAUGUGCUUGUCACUAGUCCCCAGCCCCGGGAUCCUUCCUGUCCCGGCUGGAUAUGAGACUGUAAAACCCUCCCACAGUCACUACUGUAUGUUAGCCGGACUAGCGGGCGUGCGAGCCAAGGCGCCAUUUAUACAGCUCUUUCCAAUUACAGCACACAGCAUGACAUCAUUGGUUCACAGUGCCCGGCUCUGCCGCCAACUGGGCCCUGGCCAGGCCUGUGGGAUAUGGGAGGGUAUUCAGCAGCAGCAACUAUUUAAUACCCUGUCUGGGCUGUAAAAUGUCAAUAAAGACUGGGUGCAAACUCGCGUUCUAAACUCCUGCCAGAAUCUUCACCUCCGUCAAUAGUGCACAAACAUUGACUGUAAUCCGUGGUAGAGUGUGCCCUCUGCUGCCCAGUCCGUAUGGAAGGGGGCGCCCAGGAGGUAUAUACUGGCCCCUUCACCUUACUAGCCUGAGGCAUGGUUAUGGGAAGAACCCAAAACUUUGGUAUUUUCUGUCCUUGAAUAAACUUGUAUGUAGCACUUGGUAUGCACAUUUACAAGCGUUGCCCUCAUUUUUUCUUGCCCCCUUGCCAGGUGUAAAGAGUUUAUAUCAAUGAUUGACAGGGAGCUAAGAUGGAGGCCGCUCUCUCUAUACUGACUGCCAGGUGUAAAGGGCGGAGCUUAUAACAAUGAUUGACAGGGAGCUAAGAUGGAGGUGGCUCUCUCUAUACUGACUGCCAGGUGUAAAGGGCGGAGCUUAUAACAAUGAUUGACAGGGAGCUAAGAUGGAGGCGGCUCUCUCUAUACUGACUGCCAGGUGUAAAGGGCGGAGCUUAUAACAAUGAUUGACAGGGAGCUAAGAUGGAGGUGGCUCUCUCUAUACUGACUGCCAGGUGUAAAGGGCGGAGCUUAUAACAAUGAUUGACAGGGAGCUAAGAUGGAGGCGGCUCUCUCUAUACUGACUGCCAGGUGUAAAGGGCGGAGCUUAUAACAAUGAUUGACAGGGAGCUAAGAUGGAGGCGGCUCUCUCUAUACUGACUGCCAGGUGUAAAGGGCGGAGCUUAUAACAAUGAUUGACAGGGAGCUAAGAUGGAGGCGGCUCUCUCUAUACUGACUGCCAGGUGUAAAGGGCGGAGCUUAUAACAAUGAUUGACAGGGAGCUAAGAUGGAGGCGGCUCUCUCUAUACUGACUGCCAGGUGUAAAGGGCGGAGCUUAUAACAAUGAUUGACAGGGAGCUAAGAUGGAGGCGGCUCUCUCUAUAUUGACUGCCAGGUGUAAAGGGCGGAGCUUAUAACAAUGACUGACAGGGAGCUAAGAUGGAGGCGGCUCUCUCUAUACUGACUGCCAGGUGUAAUGGGCGGAGUUUAUAACAAUGAUUGACAGGGAGCUAAGCUGGAAACGCCCAGUUACAGGAUAAAAUGCAGUGGAUUUCUACAGUUAAUUUUAUUUCCCAAACCCUGCAAAUGUAUAAUUGUUAAAUAGAGAGAUCGGUAAACAUAAUAUUGAGUCCUGGGAAGUGACGCUUUAAACAAAAAUGAUUGUGUAAAUAUUGAAUUAUAAAAUGUUUUUCAUCAAACUUCAUAUAAGCAUUUUAUUGCAGCCGUGUUCUGUAUGUUUCCCAUAAUCUGGGUUUCUCUGCAAAGUUUCUACGGCCAGAUCUAAAGAAAAAGUCUCAUAUCCAGCCUUCCCCUAAAUGCAAACCGAACCACCUGGUGUCUUACAACAGCUUUGGCACUGGAUGGGUUAACCCCCCAUCCUUUAAUCAGCUUCCCCCCAGCUCUGUGUCCGCAUAUAGACUGGGAGGGCGGGGGUGGCCCAUGUUUUUGUUGUUAUUCAGAUAAGAACCGUUGCCUCCCCUUAUUGUUGGCGAGUUUGACAUCCAGAAUCUCGUUUGUUCGUCAUCCUGCCAGCCAGCCCAUUGUACGAGGCAGACAGUGGCCCUUGGCAGAGCUUGGGGAAGGGGGUUUAUCAUUCCACGUUUGGCGUGAUGUUAAAUAAACAGAAAUUGCAUUCUGUGUUUGGGGAAAGUGUGGGUGACGCACGCUGGCGAGGUCUGGCUGCAUUCUGCUUAAUCUGCCAUAAAUAAAAAUCUUCAUAAUUAUUUAUAUUGGAGCUGAAUGUCCAUCAUAAUUAGUCAGGUUGCUGCUUGCUGUCCCAGUGUAAACAUAAUCAGCGUACCUCCCCUCAUACCCUGCAGGCUCCUUUAUACUGCGGCAGAUAAUAACUACAACCAGCACCUGCUAGCGAUAUUGGGGUACGCGCAAUGUUUGAAUCAUUGAAUGACGUUUAUAAGUGUAUUAUCUCUCGCAGAGCAUGGCUUUGUUGGAUAUUCUGAGGAUUUACUGUCUAACAAUACAUUCCCUGAUUACACCCCCGGAGAAAGCUUCUUCACUGUAUUUGGGGUCUUCUUUCCAGCUGCCACAGGUAAGGAAUUCAUCCCCGAUCCUUGGGAUCCCAGUCCGUGAAGACCUGUUUAGCCAUGGUGAGUGGCUGGGCCACUGACUGGGGACCCUGGGCGAGAAAAUAUUACACAAAACUACACACCAGCCUAUGUGUAUAGAUACAGAGAAAUUCUAACACACAUUCACACUUCAUAGUUUAAAUUGCCUCCCUCUUUGUUCUUAGUGCUGUCUGUCGAGUUUCAUGCUGGUCUGGUUUCUAUGUUUAGGAAGCCAUGCUGUCAUACAAAGACAGGCAGAGGGUUGUAGGAUAAUUCAGCAAAGUGACUGUCUCAGUAUUAAUACACCGCACUAGCAGAGUGACCGUCUCAUUAUUAAUAUACAGUGCUAGCAGAGUGACCGUCUCAGUAUUAAUACACAGCGCUAGCAGGGGACUGUCUCAGUAUUAAUACACCGCACUAGCAGAGUGACCGUCUCAUUAUUAAUACACCGCACUAGCAGAGUGACCGUCUCAUUAUUAAUACACCGCACUAGCAGAGUGACUGUCUCAGUAUUAAUACACCGCACUAGCAGAGUGACCGUCUCAUUAUUAAUACACCGCACUAGCAGAGUGACUGUCUCAGUAUUAAUACACCGCACUAGCAGAGUGACUGUCUCAGUAUUAAUACACCGCACUAGCAGAGUGACUGUCUCAGUAUUAAUACACCGCGCUAGCAGAGUGACCGUCUCAGUAUUAAUACACAGCGCUAGCAGAGUGACUGUCUCAUUAUUAAUACACAGCGCUAGCAGAGUGACCGUCUCAUUAUUAAUACACAGCACUAGCAGAGUGACCGUCUCAUUAUUAAUACACAGCGCUAGCAGAGUGACCGUCUCAUUAUUUUUUUUUUUUUUUUUUAAUGUAUUUUAUUUUUCAAUUUUCAAUGGUCAUGCAAAGUAUAAAAGGGGAUUAACUUAGGAGGGGAUACACGGAGAGAAAAAGGGGGGGGGGGAGGGCGACAAUGCAAAUACAAUGUAUCAUAUUCUUACAAAAGUAUCUUUAACAGCUGUACAUAGAAUAAGAUAUUGGCCACAAGUCACCAGCUUCUGGAUAAAUUACAUACAUUAGUAGUUACAUAUACAUGUUUGCCUGAAACGGUCUAAGGCACUGAAUUGUUUCCGUACGCCCUAACUGUAAGACCUCUGGGGCGAGGGGAAAAGAAGGGUGGGGGGAUUGGCGAAGUUGAGCUAUGGCAGUGAAAUUUUGUACUGUGUCGUGGUGAAAAGAUGUUACAUUGGGUAGCACUCUUUACAUAGAAGCCCUUGGAAAAUAUCAUGUACAUAAUCUCAAUUACAUCUUACCGUACCUAUAAUCCACCCAUCUGCGCCACCUUGUUUCAUGUCUACUCUGCCUCUCAGUGAUGCGACUUGCCAUGCGCUCGUAAUUAUAAAUCGAAUCUAGUCUACCUAAAAUCUCUGAUAGCGUGGGAGCUUGUGUGGAUUUCCACUUUUGGGCAAUCGCUGUUUUAGUUGCCAUGAGGCAGUGGAUCAUUAAGUAGCUUUCAUCUUCGUGGAGGUUGUCUGGGAAGAUGUGUAAUAAAAAGCAUUCUGGUGUCGGAGGUACCCCGAUCCCUAGGUUUUUGCAAAAAAGUGUGUGGAUGUCUUGCCAUAAUGAUGUGAUCUGUGUACAUUUCCAAAAUAUAUGGUAAAGGGACCCCUCUUGAUUGUGACAUCUCCAACAUAUUUUGUUCGCUCCUGGAUAUAUGUGGGCCAAUUUGUUGGGGACCAGGUACCAGCGCAUGGUUAGUUUGCAGUACGUUUCCCACUGAUUAAGGCUAUGUGAGGCCUGCUUUGUUAGCUUCUGAGCCCGAUGCCACAUGUCUACUGGGAAAUGCAGUCCCAGGUCCAAUUCCCAGUUUGUCAUAUAGGAGGGUUUUGUUGCCGUGUAUUGUGUAAGAAGUGUAUUGUAGCAGAGGGAUAGUGCUUUCACUUUGGGAAGCUUCCCCGUACAUUUAUGUACAAAUGGUGAUAUGAGAUUAGACUCUUUCAAGAUAAUCCUGCUUUCCUGUAUGAUAUUCUUUAGUCUCAGAUAGGUGAAUAGUUCCCUGGAUGGAAUAUGAAAAUCCCUGACCAUGUCAGGGAAUGGUUUGAUACCCUCUUGGGUCAACAAGGAACGUACCCCAGAGAUCCCCCGGCUAAGCCAGUUUUCUAGCUGCAGGUUUGACGUAUGGGCAGCCAAGGCCUGAAGUGGUGCUUCAAGGAGUAGGUCAUUCUCCUUGAGGAAUCGAGGGGUAGUUUGCCUCCAAGUCUGGAGCAAUGUCCCCGUGGUUGGUAACAGGUUUUUGGGUUGUAAAGGUGUUGUGCUUGCCCAGAGGAGCAUUGGAAUCGUGCCGGUGGACAGGCAUGCGUUUUCCAACGCCAGCCAAACCGGAGGGGACUUCCUCUCAAGGAUCGUGAUGCCUUGUGCCAAUAUUGAAGCUUUGUGGUAUAGUUUUAUGUUGGGAAUGCCCAGCCCGCCUUUUGUGAAUGAUCGCCAAAGUGAGUUUUGUGCUAUUCUUGGGGGUUUACGCUUCCAAAUGUGUGCAUUAAUCUUGGCCUGAAAGUUUCUCAGUAUCGAGUUCGGGAUAGUAAUGGGCAGGGUGCGAAAGAGAUAUAGAAUAUGUGGUAAAAUCAUCAUUUUUACGGUGUGGAUGCGGCCAAGCCAGGAGAUUUCUUUGUCCUCCCAGGACUUGAGCUGUUGAUCUAGUCUAUGUAAGAGCGGUGUGUGGUUUUCCCGUAUUGUCAUUGUGUGUAAAGCUGGCAUUUUUAUGCCCAGGUACGAGAUGGAGGAUUUCUUCCAGUCAAAUGGGUACAGUGUUUUGAGGUGUGGGGCAGCCCUAGCGCCAACGCUUGUGUUUUUUUGGCAUUAUUUUUGUAGUAAGACAAUUUUCCAUACCUUCCUAAGAGUGAUAGCAAGUUUGAUAGAGAUGCCUCCGGGUGUGUUAUGAAAAGGAGAACAUCGUCUGCGAAAAGGGCUAUUUUUUGCUCCCCUAUUGGUGUUGGGAGGCCCACAAUAUUUUGGUCAGAUUUAAUAUGUCUGAUUAGGGGUUCCAUACAUAGGAUAAAAAUUAGAGGAGAGAGCGGGCACCCCUGUCGGGUACCAUUCGUUAUAUGAAAAGGUUGUGACAAGAAUCCGGAAUUGAAUAUUUUGGCUGACGGUUUGGAGUAUAGGACCAUUAUGCAAUUCAGGAACUCUGGUGGGAAGCCCAUGUGCGUCAAUACAGACCGCAUAUAUGUCCAGUUCAAGCGAUCAAACGCUUUUUCCGCGUCUAGGGCUAAUAGCAAGCCCUUCUGGUUAGUGUUUUGGGCCCAAGUAAUUAAGUUUAAAAAGUGGCGCGUGUUGUCCCCAGGUUGCCUAUUCGGAACAAAGCCUGCCUGUUCCGGGGAGACCAGAUCCUGUAACAUGGGUUGGAUGCGUGUGGCUAGUAGUUUGGCAUAUAGUUUUGUGUCAGCAUUCAGCAACGAAAUAGGCCGUAAAUUGGCGCAUUCCGUAGGGGGUUUGCCUGGCUUAGGGAGUGUAACAAUAUGGGCUAGCAACAUCUCUUCCGGCAUGGAACCUGAGUCCCCAAAGGAGUUGAAGAGGUCCGUGAGGUGUGGUGUGAGUUGCGCUUCGAAUAUUUGAUAAAAGCGGUUGGGAAAUCCAUCUGGACCCGGGGCUUUGUGUUUGGGUAAUUUAAGUAUAGCUUGGCGCACUUCAUCUUCCGUGAACUGAGCUAUCAGUGUCUGUCUUUGAUGUAUAGACAGGCGUGGCAAAUUUGCCUCGCCCAGAAAGGUAUCUAUGUCAGCUGCUAUUGGUUGGUGUAGUGAUUUAUCUUGUGUAAGGUUAUAUAGGUCUUUGUAGAAGUUUGCUAAUUCGUCCACUAUGUCCUGCGGGUUAAAUAGUUUUGUACCCGUGGCCGUAGUCAUGUAUGGGAGUUUUGUUUGUAUAUAACGCGAUUUUAGACGGUUUGCUAGCACCUUGCCUGCCUUAUUUCCAUGCAUGUAGUAAGUCAAUUUCAGUUUGCGUAGUUGCCUUUCCAUAGUGGUUAGAGACAGUGCAUGUAUCUUCCCUCUUGUCUGUUCAAUCUGUCGGGACAGUAAUCUAGAUGGUCUUACUUUAUUAGCCCUUUCUAAUGUCUGGAGCAGUGCAGUUAGUGUAUCAUUUUCGUUAUAAGCUUUCUUUUUGCGUAUUGACCCCGCUUGUAUUAAGAGACCUCUGAGUACAGCUUUGAGGGCCAACCAUUUGGUGCCUAUACUGGAAGGGUCUGUCUGAUGAUUUUCGUAAAACGUAUGUAUAUUCCUGCGUAUUUUGGUGGCCGUGUCAGUGUCAUCUGUGAGGGAUUCGUUCAGACGCCACGCACUCCGUCCUCUAGCUGGGUAUAAGGCCCUGAACGUGGUGAUUAUUGGCGCAUGGUCAGACCAAGUUCUGUCACCUAUUUGUGCUUCUAUAACAUUCGGGAUUGUGCUUUUGUCUACCCAGCACAUGUCUAUGCGCGAGUAAGUGUGGUGUACCUGUGAAAAGUAGGUGUGAUUAUUCUCGGUUGGGUAGAGUGAGCGCCAUGUGUCAUAAAGGUCGUUCGUGUGGAGCAAUUUGCUGAGAUUGAGGCUCAUAAUACUAGCUUGCUGGAGGGGUUGUUUGCCUUCUAUACGUUUGAUGUCUAAAUUGGGGUCCAGCGUGCAGUUUAGAUCCCCACAAAUUAUGGUGUGACCCUCCCGGAGGCUGGAUAUUUUGUGUAACGCACGUUUUAUGAAUGCAGUUUGUGAGUUAUUGGGUGCGUAUAUGGAUGCUAUCGUCAAUUGCAUGCCAUUCAUCUAGCCCACCACAACGAGGAGUCUGCCUAGCUCGUCUCUGUAUGUAUUGGUGAGUUGGAACACCCAAUCUGCGUGGAACAGUAUUGCCACCCCUUUAGUUUUGGUUGGGGAAAGAGCAUGAUACACUUGAUGGUAUUUAGAAGAUGUUAGAGUGGGGGGAUUGGUCUUACACAUAUGUGUUUCUUGGAGACACACUAUAGCUGCCUUUGAUUUGUGCAUUGCCCUGAUCACUGAGCUUCUUUUAAAAGGACUAUUUAGGCCAUUUACGUUCAUGGAAAAGCAUUUAAAUUGGUAAGCCAUUAAUAAUAUGUGGGAUGUUGCAUUCUCUCAUCGUGAUACGGAGUUCGUAUAAGUACUGACCUCUUGAACGAGUACAGUCUACUGGGUACCUGAGCGUGCCGUAAUGGUUGUUGGAUUUUUGUGUAUGCAAAAUUUAUCUCUGCUGCCAUAGUAUUGGGUAGGGGGGUGGCAGGUAUAAAACAGGGGAAACGGAAAACUAAAAACAUAAGUAUAUACAAUGACUCUCGACCUUGAGAGUUUACAUUGGAGUACAAUAUGGAGCCAUCGUGCUCCACCAUUGUAGGUCCUUUAGGGGGGUCGUGCGGAACUAUACCGCACCCGGGGCAGACUUGACACAUGUCUGCUCUGUUGCCUGCAAUCAUCAUGGGGAUUUGGGAGCCAGGACAACAAUUCCAUUAUCGUCCGCUGUAGGACUGGAAGGCAUUGUUGCGAAAGGGGUCUAAGAUAUAUGGGUCGCAGCUUCAGGGACUGUGUGCUUUUUUUUUUUUUUCUUCCUUAUCCAUUCGGUUAUUUUCGUUAAUCUCUUAAUAGUUUUAAUAAUCCUUAGCUAUAGCAUAUCGGGAUCGCUCGAACCCACUCCCAGCCUGUGUAGGACGCUUCCCCUGCCUGUGGUGUGUGCGUUAUUGGCAAUUGGAUCUGUUUUUAGAUGUCAGUGCUAUACAAUGGUGACCCAGCUAGCGUAGUAUAGAUAUCUGGAUCGUAGUUAACCGGUACUUUGCCCUCCCAAUGUGGGGUACCUUCCCAUACAUAACAUCAACACCAAUCCGCCCCUAUUGGGAUUAUCACAUUGUGUGCUAAACACAUUUUCCAACCAGCGGAGUCCUUAGGCAGGCCAAUGCAUUUAGCCCCAAAUAUUACCCUCCAAGCAUUACACAUAGCAAUUAGCUUUGCAUAGGUUAGCGCUUAACAUUGUGGGGACUCGCGUCAGCGUCUUCACGGGUCUAUGUGAUUUGCAUGGGCAUUAAAUCGGAUAAGGCUCAGUAGAAUGAGGGAGAGUAGUAAGUUGGUCUCUAGUGUCGUGGCAUUAUUACUAAUGUUAUAUAUAUAUUUUUUUUUAAUUUUUUUUUAUUUUUUUAUUUAUAUUUGAACAUCUUACUGCUGAAAUUAGUUGCACUGACGCGAGCCCCCAUAUAAAUACCACUGUCGGUCGUCGGUGUCUCCGACUCCUUCCAUUGCCUCAAGGCAUGGGAAUGGCUGGAGCGUGGAUCCCACAGAGAACAGUUUCUAGGUAAUGUCCUGAACGACUGCUGCACCCUCAGUUAGUCUGUCUUCCUUUAGCGGUGUAAGGCAUUGUUGUGAAUGUGGUUCCCUGGCUUGAUGACACUAUGUGGAUCGCUGGUGAGGGGUUCUCCCACCAUCUUCCAUUCGGGACGGGUCUUCUUCGCUGAGGUCCCUGCAGUCGCCGUCGGAUGGUCGAUCUCCGGUGUGUUCCAUAGGCCCCAGCUUUUCAGCGCGGACAUACCCUCUGAUGGGUCAACUAUAGUGUGAAGCUUGUUGUUCCGCCAUAUUAACAGUUUAGUGGGGAAACCCCAUCUAUAAGCCUGAUCAUGAUUUCGCAGAGUCUUGGUUAUGGUUGAGAGCUCUCUUCGCCUGGCCAUAGUUAGAGCUGAGAGGUCGGCAUAGAUUGAGACCGAGCUAUAUGGUUCGGGUAGCGUUGGCUUAGCUCUGGCUGCUUUUAAGAGUGCCUCUUUGGCCUUGUAAUAAUGAAAGCGCACAAUAAUGUCGCGCGGAACUUCUGCCCCCAACCUAGGUGGCUUGGGUAGGCGGUGGGCCCUGUCCACUUCCCAGGAGAAUGCGGGAUCGGGGACCAACGCAGCACUUAUUACUUUUAUGUAGGCUGGAAUCUGGUCUGCUGUGGUGGAUUCCGCCACCCCCUGAAAUCUUACAUUAUUCCGUCGGGAACGAUCCUCCAUGUCCGCCAUCUUGUGCCACAGUUUAGUAUUAUCGUCUUCUAGUUUCUUUAAUUUGUCUGCCAUUUCAUUGUGUGCUGAGCACAGGUCUUCUGUCCUCCGUUCAACCUGAUCUGUGCGGUCUCCCAAUUCUUCUAGUUCCUGGUGUAAACCAGAUAUGGCAGUCGUAAAGUCUUCUCUUAUUGUGGCUCUCAGCUCCAUGAGCAUUGAUUUGAGGAAGUCCUUUGAGAUUUGGCAAUCCUCUGUAGAGUGGUGUGGGGACCCCUCAUUAAGGGCAUCAGGCUCUGGGGAUUGCGCUCUGCUACCGGCGCCAUCUUGGGCCUGUUUCUGCCGCUCUUUUUUGUUUUGGCGGACCGCAUCCGUAAGUUUAGUUUGCUUUGAGGGUGACAUGGGGUCACUCCUACACUGCCCCUUUAGUUUGUGGCUUGGUUUUCAGGCUUAAUAAUAGCUUUUGUAGCCCGGGUGAAGCGGAGCUCCUAAUCCGAGCGUCCGAUCGUGCCGGAAGUUAGACACGCCCCCCCGUGACCGUCUCAUUAUUAAUACACCGCACUAGCAGAGUGACCGUCUCAUUAUUAAUACACAGCGCUAGCAGAGUGACCGUCUCAUUAUUAAUACACCGCACUAGCAGAGUGACUGUCUCAUUAUUAAUACACAGCGCCAGCAGAGUGACUGUCUCAUUAUUAAUACACAGCGCCAGCAGAGGGACUGUCUCAGUAUUAAUAUACAGCGCUAGCAGGGGGACUGUCUCAGUAUUAAUAUACAGCGCUAGCAGAGGGACUGUCUCAUUAUUAAUACACAGCGCUAGCAGAAUGACCGUCUCAUUAUUAAUACACCGCACUAGCAGAGUGACCGUCUCAUUAUUAAUACACAGCGCUAGCAGAAUGACCGUCUCAUUAUUAAUACACCGCACUAGCAGAGUGACUGUCUCAUUAUUAAUACACAGCGCUAGCAGAGUGACUGUCUCAGUAUUAAUACACAGCGCCAGCAGGGGGACUGUCUCAGUAUUAAUACACAGCGCUAGCAGAGUGACCGUCUCAUUAUUAAUACACCGCACUAGCAGAGUGACUGUCUCAUUAUUAAUACACCGCGCCAGCAGAGUGACUGUCUCAUUAUUAAUACACAGCGCCAGCAGAGGGACUGUCUCAGUAUUAAUAUACAGCGCUAGCAGGGGGACUGUCUCAGUAUUAAUAUACAGCGCUAGCAGAGUGACCGUCUCAUUAUUAAUACACAGCGCCAGCAGAGUGACCGUCUCAUUAUUAAUACACAGCGCUAGCAGAGGGACUGUCUCAGUAUUAAUACACAGCGCCAGCAGAGUGACCGUCUCAUUAUUAAUACACAGCGCUAGCAGAGGGACUGUCUCAGUAUUAAUACACAGCGCCAGCAGAGUGACUGUCUCAGUAUUAAUAUACAGUGCUAGCAGAGUGACCGUCUCAGUAUUAAUACACAGCGCUAGUAGGGGACUGUCUCAGUAUUAAUACACAGCGCUAGCAGAGUGACCGUCUCAUUAUUAAUACACAGCGCUAGCAGGGGGACUGUCUCAGUAUUAAUACACAGCGCUAGCAGAGUGACCGUCUCAGUAUUAAUACACAGCGCCAGCAGGGGGACUGUCUCAGACAGACAAUGAUCCUGUCCGUAAAUGUGAUCUCUGGGUCAGGACACAGACAGCGACCCUCUCCGUAAACCUGACUUACGGGGGCCAGAAAAAGACUGUGACUAUGGCUCAGGACCCAUCAGUGACUCCCUUAUGGCGGUAGCUGUGUGGUCCUAAUUUUUAUGCAUUGUUUAGGACCCAUUAAAGACCACUUGACGUGUUACAGUAUGUUUGAGACUGAAUCGAUUGGAGACCUGUCAAUACUCUGGGUGAUAAUCUGCAUCAUAUGACCACUGGCUUGAAAUUAAAGCUGAUUACACCCGUUACCAUGGUGCAAAAUCUUUGGAUUAGUAAAAAGGAUUAGUGCCCAGCAAGUGGCUGAAAGCUGGGAAUGAGAGGCUGUUUGAUGCCAUCUAUGCAAGGAAAAUGCCAAUUUAGCCUGCUGUUGGAGGAAUACAGAAUAUAAACCUCUGUCAUUUCAGCAUAAAACUGUUUUAUCUGAGAAACCAGAAGGAACUAGAAUAAUUACAUAAGUCGUAUGUCUCUUCAUUACUUUAUUCUAGAAUGGUACUGCGCUCUCCAAAUAUAACCUACUGUUGGUUUACUUAGUGCACAGCCGGGAGCACACAAUGGCACACUGGAUCCUUUUUCGAGCUGAAACGUCGCUCUUAGCGUACUUAUUGCUUUAUAUUAAAUAAAAUGACAACACGUUCUGUUUGGAGAGUGCUAGACCAUCCCUUUUGGUCAUUCUUUACUUGUGUGGCUUAUACAGCACCGCACUUUAGUACGUAUUGUAUGUACAUGAUCCAAUCGGCACUGAAUGGGUUAAAAGAAAUCUGUCUAUCAUAAAAUUCAUAUUAACUCACACCUUGAUGCUCAUUCUAGGUAAAGCUGGGGGUCAGGUUCUGGUCUCCCCAUAAUACUGGGAAGCUAUUAGUCAAUAAACAGAUCCGUAUAUGUUGCUAUUGCUGAUAACCAUGUACAGCCAUUACAACAUCUGCUUAACCAACAUGCAUGUCCUUUUGAUGUUUAGGCGUAAUGGCCGGCUUUAACAUGAGUGGAGAUCUGAAGAAACCUGCCACUAGUAUACCACUGGGAUCGCUGGCUGCCAUCGCCAUAUCGUAAGUUUCACCCCAUUGGGUCACGAAUCUCAUAGCGUUCACCGGGGUGAUGGGGAACAGAGAGCAUUAACAGAAAACGAGCACUUCUCAGGAUUUCUUAUAUUCUGUUAACUUAUUCUGACCUUUAAGAAAUAUGUCUUUGUAAGGUGCAAAAACUAAUUUAUUAAUCUGCAUCUCUUUAUGCUGUAACUGGGCGCCUCCAUCUUAGCUCCCUGUCAAUCAUUGUUAUAAGCUCCGCCCUUUACACCUGGCAGUCAGUAUAGAGAGAGCCGCCUCCAUCUUAGCUCCCUGUCAAUCAUUGUUAUAAGCUCAGCCCUUUACACCUGGCAGUCAGUAUAGAGAGAGCCGCCUCCAUCUUAGCUCCCUGUCAAUCAUUGUUAUAAGCUCAGCCCUUUACACCUGGCAGUCAGUAUAGAGAGAGCCGCCUCCAUCUUAGCUCCCUGUCAAUCAUUGUUAUAAGCUCCGCCCUUUACACCUGGCAGUCAGUAUAGAGAGAGCCGCCUCCAUCUUAGCUCCUGUCAAUCAUUGUUAUAAGCUCCGCCCUUUACACCUGGCAGUCAGUAUAGAGAGAGCCACCUCCAUCUUAGCUCCCUGUCAGUCAUUAUUAUAAGCUCCGCCCUUUACACCUGGCAGUCAGUAUAGAGAGAGCAGCCUCCAUCUUAGCUCCCUGUCAGUCAUUGUUAUAAGCCCCGCCCUUAACACCUGGCAGUCAGUAUAGAGAGAGCCACCUCCAUCUUAGCUCCCUGUCAAUCAUUGUUAUAAGCCCCGCCCUUUACACCUGGCAGUCAGUAUAGAGAGACACCUCCAUCUUAGCUCCCUGUCAAUGUCAAUCAUUGUUAUAAGCUCCGCCCUUUACACCUGGCAGUCAGUAUAGAGAGAGCCACCUCCAUCUUAGCUCCCUGUCAAUCAUUGUUAUAAGCUCCGCCCUUUACACCUGGCAGUCAGUAGAGAGCCGCCUCCAUCUUAGCUCCCUGUCAAUCAUUGUUAUAAGCUCCGCCCUUUACACCUGGCAGUCAGUAUAGAGAGAGCCACCUCCAUCUUAGCUCCCUGUCAAUCAUUGUUAUAAGCUCCGCCCUUUACACCUGGCAGUCAGCUUAGAGAGAGCCGCCUCCACCUUAGCUCCCUGUCAAUCAUUGUUAUAAGCUCCUUUGGCCACCCGGCAGUCAGUAUAGAGCCGCCUCCAUCUUGUGCCCCUUUCGUCAAUCAUUGCUAUAAGCCUUCCCGCCUUCUUACACCUAGCAAGUAGUCAGUAUAAAGAGAGCCACCUCCAUCUUAGCUCCCUGUCAAUCAUUGUUAUAUGCUCCGCCCUUUACACCUGGCAGUCAGUAUAGAGAAAGUCACCUCCAUCUUAGCUCCCUGUCAAUCAUUGUUAUAAGCUCCGCCCUUUACACCUGGCAGUCAGUAUAGAGAGAGCCGCCUCCAUCUUAGCUCCCUGCCAAUCAUUGUUAUAAGCUCCGCCCUUUACACCUGGCAGUCAGUAUAGAGAGAGCCGCCUCCAUCUUAGCUCCCUGUCAAUCAUUGUUAUAAGCUCCGCCCUUUACACCUGGCAGUCAGUAUAGAGAGAGCCACUUCCAUCUUAGCUCCCUGUCAGUCAUUGUUAUAAGCUCCGCCCUUUACACCUGGCAGUCAGUAUAGAGAGAGCCGCCUCCAUCUUAGCUCCCUGUCAAGUCAUUGCUAUAAGCUCCGCCCAUUACACCUGGCAGUCAGUAUAGAGAGCCGUCUCCAUCUUAGCUCCCUGUCAAUCAUUGUUAUAAGCUCCGCCCUUUACACCUGGCAGUCAGUAUAGAGAGAGCCACCUCCAUCUUAGCUCCCUGUCAAUCAUUGUUAUAAGCUCCGCCCUUUACACCUGGCAGUCAGUAUAGAGAGAGCCACCUCCAUCUUAGCUCCCUGUCAAUCAUUGUUAUAAGCUCCGCCCUUUACACCUGGCAGUCAGUAUAGAGAGAGCCGCCUCCAUCUUAGCUCCCUGUCAAUCAUUGUUAUAAGCUCCGCCCAUUACACCUGGCAGUCAGUAUAGAGAGAGCCACCUCCAUCUUAGCUCCCUGUCAAUCAUUGUUAUAAGCUCCGCCCUUUACACCUGGCAGUCAGUAUAGAGAGAGCCGCCUCCAUCUUAGCUCCCUGUCAAUCAUUGUUAUAAGCUCCGCCCUUUACACCUGGCAGUCAGUAUAGAGAGCGCCACCUCCAUCUUAGCUUCCUGUCAAUCAUUGUUAUAAGCUCCGCCCUUUACACCUGGCAGUCAGUAUAGAGAGAGCCGCCUCCAUCUUAGCUCCCUGUCAAUCAUUGUUAUAAGCUCCGCCCUUUACACCUGGCAGUCAGUAUAGAGAGAGCCACCUCCAUCUUAGCUCCCUGUCAAUCAUUGUUAUAAGCCCCGCCCUUUACACCUGACAGUCAGUAUAGAGAGAGCCGCCUCCAUCUUAGCUCCCUGUCAAUCAUUGUUAUAAGCCCCGCCCAUUACACCUGGCAGUCAGUAUAGAGAGAGGAGGAGACAAGACACAGUGUUUCUCUAUCACCUCCUCAUUUACAAUAUGGAUUAUGAUUUCAUUUGCUAAAUCUUUAAUACACAUUUAAAUAGAAUGGAUCUAUUCAGUGGUAUUAAUAGCAGAGAAGAGAUGAUUUUUGUUAAAUUAAGUCCAGGACGUGUGAUAUAUAGUUUUAUAGUUAACAGGGUACCCUAACUGAGUGAGUGCUAUUUGGAUUAAUAUCCAGUUAAAGGACCACUCUAGGCACCCAGACCACUUCAGCUUAAUGAAGUGGUCUGGGUGCCUGGUCCAGCUAGGGUUAACCCAUUUUUUUAUAAACAUAGCAGUUUCAGAGAAACUGCUAUGUUUAUGAAUGGGUUAAGUCUUCCCCUAUUUCCUCUAGUGGCUGUCUCAUUGACAGCCGCUAGAGGCGCUAUGCGAUUCCCUACCUCGUGAAAAAUCACAGUGAGAGCACGUUAGAAAGGCCCAUAUAGGAAAGCAUUGAUAAUGCUUUCUAGUAUGACUGCUGAAUGCACGCAGCUCUUGCCGCACAUGCGCAUUCAGCCAACGGGGAGGAGAGGAGGAGGAGAACUCCCCGCCCAGCGCUGGAAAAAGGUACAUUUUUACCCCUUUCCCCCUUCCAGAGCCGGGCGGGAGGGGGUCCCUGAGGGUGGGGUCACCCUCUGGGCACUAUAGUGCCAGGAAAACGAGUAUGUUUUCCUGGCACUAUAGUGGUCCUUUUAAAGGGUUAAAGGUCACCUUUAAGAUGUCUUUAGUGUCAUCCCCACUAAUGGUGGUUUCCUGCUAUAUGUGUAGUUCUGUGCUCUCACACCCAUUCUCUGCUUGUUCACAGGUGGUUCCUAUACAUCGUGUUUGUUUUCCUGCUGGGUGCCAUUUGUAUGCGAGAAUUUCUGCGCUAUGAGUUCAUGAUCGCAGAAAAGGUAGAGAGAAGGAUGGGAAUGCAGUGGGAAGGGAUUACUGUUAUUAUAGAUAACGUGUCUGUUAACCCAGCUAAUGCUAAUGACUAGCGCAUAUUGUGGUAAUACAGCAUCAUGUGACUCAAAAGGGUAACCGUACUAUACAACUCAGAGGAUAUACCUAAUGUUACAUCAUCCAUAGAGGAUAUACCUCCCCAUACAUCACCCAUAGAGGGAUAUACUUCCCGUUACAUCACCCAUUGAGGAUAUACCUCCCGUUACAUCACCCAUUGAGGAUAUACCUCCUGUUAAAUCAUCCAUAGAGGGAUAUACCUCCGGUUUCAUCACCCGUAGAGGUAUAUACCUCCCCUUACUUCACCUGUAGAGGGAUAUACCUCCCCUUACAUCACCCGUAGAAGGAUAUACCUCCCCUUACAUCACCCGUAGAAGGAUAUACCUCCCGUUACGUCACCCAUAGAGGGAUAUACCUCCCGUUACGUCACCCGUAGAGGGAUAUACCUCCCGUUACGUCACCCGUAGAGGGAUAUACCUCCCCUUACAUCACCCAUAGAUGGUUGUUUUCUACUGGAAAAUCUGUCUGGAAAGUAAUAUUUCAUUAAUAAUUGGUAUUGUUGCCAUUGCACAGAUCUGCUAAAGUGUGUCUGUGCUUUAUAAUAUGAAUGAGGUCUCCAUCGCCUCUUUAGUAGUAGCUUGCCAUCCAGGGAGGCUACAAUAUGUGAAUUUAUGGGUUGAACGAAACAGAGACCUUUUGUAAAGGAUGUUGUUAGUUGUGCAUUAUUUCAGUUUGAAAUGUUCCCAUGCCGUUUUAAUGGCUCUGACACAUAAUGCGUUUCACGUGGCUCUGCUCAGUGAAGAAUAUUAGCUGUUUAUCCUAAUCCUCAGCUCUUCACUUACUCAAUGAAUGUCAGACAUUCGCUACAACUGUAACUUCAUUAUUUCCAGUGGAAUUGUUUAUUUGGGAUUAAAUGGCAGAAAUGUCUGUUUCUGGGAUAUUGUUACACAGAACGUGUUAACCCAUUGAUACCGACUUCUAGCAGAAUGCUAGUUCUAAUAUCUGAUUAUUGUACAGGUCCCUCCUUAAAUAUCUGCAGACGUUCGAUAUCUCCGUACAGCACAGUGGGAUUAACCAGGAUAGAAUUAAAGCGGCAAUAACACUAAACCUGUUAUCCUGGGAUCUGUGAUCUACUUUACUACCCUGGGAAUUAGCGUUCUGAGUGGCAUUUUACUCAGGUGGGGGGCUGAAGCAUUGCUACUGGGACGGAGGUGUCUUGGUAAAGUCUUUGUACAUGUAUUCAUGUAAUAUUAUUAAACCAUGCACAUACUGAUUUUAGAGCAUCCCAUAAAAUAAUGUUCCAAGCUCAACUUGAAAAAUAACAGAUUAAUGCCAUUAAUCCUCACAUGGCAUGUUAUUGGGCAUUUGGUGCCAGAGCUGAAUGUGGUGGUGGCUGUCACCCAGUCCGCCUGGAAGUCUAAACGAGGCCAGUUAGGAAUCUUUGUUAUAUCAUUAAAUUGGAACAUUUCCUGCUGUCUGUUAACCCCACACAUUCCUCUUUUCCCAGGUCUCUCUGGUGGGAUUCCUCUUCCUGCUGGGCUUGUACAUCUCUUCCCUUGCCUCCUGCAUGGGGGGUCUAUACGGCGCUCCCAGAAUCCUCCAGUGCAUCGCACAGGAAAAGGUUAUCCCUGCCCUCUCCUUCCUGGCUCACGGGGUCAGUUCCUUUUUAUUAAGAUUUUACUGAAAUGGAAACACAAAGGUUAAAAGGGCAAACAUCUCCUAAAAUAAGAAAGGAGGGCAUGCCAAUCCCACACACCCCCUAUCCCUGCCUUCUCUAUUUAUCAUUGCUCUAUUAUUUGGAUUAAAUUAUAAAACACACUAUGGCAGCAGAAGGAGUAGAAGGUUAAGUGACUAACUGAAAUGGAAACACAAAGGUUAAAAGGGCAAACAUCUCCUAAAAUAAGAAAGGAGGGCAUGCCAAUCCCACACACCCCCUAUCCCUGCCUUCUCUAUUUAUCAUUGCUCUAUUAUUUGGAUUAAAUUAUAAAACACACUAUGGCAGCAGAAGGAGUAGAAGGUUAAGUGACUAUGCUGCUUAGUUGAAGUAACCUCACAGAAAGUGGGGGGGGCUAGGUGGCUCUAAUCUAACUAGCCUAUAGGAAAGAGAUCUGUGUGCCAUUUAGGGUGGGUGCGCACCGGGCAAGUGAGGGGGCUGUGUGACAUUUAGUGUGGCAGACAAUAGAGAGGCAGCGGACAUUUAGCGUGGCAGACCAUAGUGAGGGGGCUGUGUGUGACAAUUGGGUGGGCAGACAAUAGAGAGGAGGCUAGUGAUACUUUAUUGCGGGCAGACCCAUAGUGAGGGGGCUGUGUGGACAAUUGGGUGGUCAGACUAUAGAGAGGGGGCUGUGUUACUUAGGUGGGCAGACCAUAGAGAGGGGCUGUGUGCCAUUUAGGUGGGCAGACCAUAGAGAGGUGUGGCUGUGUGCCAUUUAGGAUGGCAGACCAUAGAGGGGGCUGUGCCAUUUAGGGGUGGCAGCAGAAUUCAUAGAGGGAGCCAAAAUACUAGUGGGUAGACCAUAAAGAGGGGCUGUGUGCCAUUUAGGAUGGACAGACCAUAGAGAGGGGCUGUGUGCCAUUUUAGGAUGGACAGACCAUAGAGAGGGUCUGGGUGACAUUUAGGAUGGGCAAACCAUAGAGAGGGGGUUGUGUGUCAUUUAGGUGGUGCAGACCAUAUAGAGGGGCUGGGUGACAUUUAGAUGGCAGCAGACUUAUGAAAAGAGGUGGCUGUGUGCCAUUUAGGGCAGACCAUAGAGAGGGGGGCGGUGUGCUACUAGGGGUGUGUGGGCAGAUCCAUAGAGAGGGUCUGGGUGAUAUUUAGGACGGGGCACUAUAGAGAGGGUUUCAAAGCUAUUUAGGUAAAGACCAUAAAAGGGGGUUGUAGCAAAGGCCUGUAUUUGACAGACCAUAGAGAGGGGGCUGUGUGCCAUUUAGGAUGGACAGACCAUAGAGAGGGGUCUGGGUGACAUUUAGGACGGGCAGACCAUAGAGAGGUGGCUGUGUGCCAUUUAGAGUGGGCAGACCAUAGAGCGGGGGCUGUGUGCCAUUUAGUGUGGGCAGACCAUAGAGAGGUGGCUGUGUACCAUUUAGGGUGGGCAGACCAUAGGGGGGGGGCUGUGUGCCAUUUAGGGUGGGCAGACCAUAGAGAGGGGGCUGUGUGCCAUUUAGGAUGGACAGACCAUAGAGAGGGGUCUGGGUGACAUUUAGGAUGGGCAAACCAUAGAGAGGGGGCUGUGUGUCAUUUAGGGUAGGCAGACCAUAUAGAGGGGGCUGGGCAGACCAUAGAGCGGGGGCUGUGUGCCAUUUAGGGUGGGCAGACCAUAGAGAGGGGGCUAUGUGCCAUUUAGGGUGGGCAGACCAUAAAGAGGGGGCUGUGUGCCAUUUAGGAUGGACAGACCAUAGAGAGGGGUCUGGGUGACAUUAAGAUGGGCAAACCAUAGAGAGGGGGCUGUGUGUGAUUUAGGGUGGGCAGACCAUAUAGAGGGGGCUGAGUGACAUUUAGGAUGGGCAGACCAUAAAGAGGUGGCUGUGUGCCAUUUAAGGUGGGCAAACCAUAGAGAGGGGGCUGUGUGCCAUUUAGGGUGGGCAGACCAUAGAGAGGGGUCUGGGUGACAUUUAGGACGGGCAGACCAUAGAGAAGUGGCUGUGUGCCAUUUAGGGUGGGCAGACCAUAGAGCGGUUUCUGGGUGACAUUUAGGAUGGGCAGACCAUAUAGAGGUGGCUGUGUGCCAUUCAGGGUGGGCAGACCAUAUAGAGGGGGCUGUGUGCCAUUUAGGGUGGGCAGACCAUAGAGAGGGGGCUGUGUGCCAUUUAGGGGGGCAGACCAUAGAGAGGGGGCUGUGUGCCAUUUAGGAUGGGCAGACCAUAGAAGGGACUGUGUGCCAUUUAGGAUGAGCAGACCAUAGUGAGGGGGCUGGGUGACAUUUAUGAUGGGCAGACCAUAGAGAGGUGGCUUGUGCCAUUUAGGAUGUUUAUAAUAUACAGCCUAUGGAGAGGAGAUUGGGCAGCCAAUGUUUUGGUGGUAAUGAAAUCUAUUUAUUGAAGUGUCUUUGGAUCAGACGCUCCAGGCCACCAGGAAGCAGAGAGUUAAUGGAGAAAUAAAUCCUUGUUCAGUCCUAUAAUUAAUUCUGCUGAUUAUCAGGAUUACGGCCUUGGCUGCUGCUUCCUCGUUAUAAAUAUAGCGUGAAACAAACUCAGCUGAUUACAGCUGAUUAUGACAUGAAUUCUCUGGGCAGAUAAGCUGCUGGGGAGAAUUUCCCCUUUGGCCUUAUUACAUAGCAUGGGGGGGGGGGGAUAACAAUGGAAUAACCCUGUCCCAGUCCCCAAAAUUCAGACACUGACUACUGUUAACAUUAUAUUGGGCUUUAGGGAGCUCAGGGAAGCGUUAGAUCUCGCUGCUUGUGUCUGCGGUAUCUGAUGUACCAUGUUCGUGAUACUGUGUGCUUGAGCCAUAGGGCAGGAGUUGGCAUUAUCACCUUUUAGGACAGUAUUGCUGACAUAUAUUGGUGCAGUUUUCACCGGUGAAUCCUCACCAAAAGCAAUGCGAGUUCAAGGCUUCAUUAAGCCAUCAGCAACCUGCAGGGUUCGGCUCUAAUUAUCAGUCUGCACUAAUUAACAAAGAAUUGAAUGUUAUUUGAAUCCGUACUAUAAAUCAUUGUAAACAUGUUAUGUGAGAAAAUGGAUUAAUUAUCUACAUGGUCGUCUUUACUUUUUUUUUUUUCUCUCCCUCUCAGAAAGGACCAAAUAAAACGCCGGUAGCAGCAAUUAUUUUGACAAGUGUUCUCACCAUGGCAUUUGUCUUUAUUGGCCAGGUGAAUGUCCUUGCACCAAUAGUAACCAUUAACUUCAUGCUGACGUACAGUGCCGUGGACUAUUCCUACUUCUCUGUGACGAUGAGUUACAAUUUACAAUAUAAUGGCAAAAAGACCAUGAGAGUCAACACCAAAGCACUAAGCGCCUCUUGUCCCUUGAUUCUUGAUAAACCGUCCAGCUACGGAGCGAACGGCACUCUGCUUGAAUUCACAAAGGAUAUGGAUCAGAUCUUCAAAGUGGGUCAAGUGGAGCCAGCUGAGAGCACAAAAACGCAAAACUCCGGAAUGAAGAUGACAUUUCGUAAAGCUAAGAUUCCUGCCAAGCAGUCUUUGGUGGACAGCUUCCAGUUAGAUUUGCCACACAUUUCGGAGCUGGAGGAGAGUGAACUGAUCCCAGAACCAACUGAAGAGAAAUUUCAAAAUAUUGUUCCCUCCAUGGACCAAGAUGAAAGGAGUCCAUCUAACAUGGAAGAAGCCGAGGGAGACGCCACACGGAGAAUGGUGGAAGGAGAAGAGAUGUACACAGAGAUCCAGCAAUCAGAUGGUAAAGAAGGUAAUUUAUUGCAAACACUUUGCUUUGAGACGAGUCUCGAAGUUUCUAGAUCUUUGCUGCAUUUAUUGGGCCCCAUCGGUUGGAAUCGCCUCCAGGUGACUGUCCGAUAUAAAUGGAUAGUGUUGCGACUCUGUGCUCCUGAUACAGGGGGGCCAUGCACAGCGCAGUGGGUGUAGUGAGGAUUGAUGUCUUAUUAGAAUGAAAUAAUUUAUAACCACAUUAAUGCCAAGUGUGUGGGCUGGUAGCCUGGAUGUAAUCUCUAGGCUUUGGAGGAUGUAAAUUUAUUAUAAAUUUUUUUUUUUAUACAGAUUUAAACAUUCGAAGCAAAGUCCCGGAGUUUGAGAUUCAGAGUUUAUCCACUUCCUUUUACUCAAAGUUCUGUAAUCACUGGGUCUCCUUCCUAGGGGUGAGUAUCUCCCACCCUUGCUUUCCUACCACCCCCUCCCCUACGCUACAGUAAUGCUCUCCAUCUAGGCUAGCUGUAUGUAACUCUGGUUGAUGGUAGUUCCUUCUGGGAGGGGCAAGUAAUAAUACCAAGGUAGGGGGGGAAGGUUUAGUAGUAUUACCCUAGGGAGGGGUCAGUACUAUUGCCCUGGGGAGGGUGAGGGGUUUGUAGUAUUGCCCUGGGGUGGGUGCUGGGGGGAGGGGUUUGUAGUAUUGCCCUGGGGAGAGUGGUGGGGGGUUGUAGUAAUGCCCUGGGGAUGGUGGUGGGGGCUUCAGUAUUGCCCGUGGUGGGGGUUGUGGUAUUGCCUGUGGGGGGUGUAGACUUGAGGGGGUGUUGUAGUAUUGCCCUGGGGACGGUGGGGGAGGGGGGAGUUGUAGUAUUGCCCUAGGGCGGGGUUCGUAGUAUUGCAUUGUGGUGGUGAGCAAUCUAACACAUUGCGUAAAUACUGUUCCCCCUAAGCACAUAACGAAUCCUCUCCUGGUUGCAGGCGAUCUUUUCUGUUGUUAUCAUGUUUGUAAUCCAGUGGAUCUACGCUCUGGUCAAUAUCGGGGUGGCUGUUCUCUUAUAUUUCUACAUUGGGCGGGUGAGCCCUGGGCUUAAUCCAGGUAGGUGCACAUUGGCAUAUAUCAUUAUACUAGGCCCCUAUGUUCUGAUUUCCGCUGUAGUAAUAAAGAUAUUUUAUUCUUGAAUAACUGAGUAAUUCGGUCCCUAAUUCACGUAUUACUGGAGAUAAAUAUAAAUAAAUAUAAAAUAAAUAUAAAAUAUAAAUGAGAUAAUUUUGCCCUUAUACUACUAUGUUAGCUAUUUUACCAUUAUCCCAUAUACACCCAACAGGUUUCAUUUCUUUGUUGUCCCCUCUCAGCACCUCCAAUGCAUCAUCCCUUGCAGCGUUCCCUCUCAGCACCUCCAAUGCAUCAUCCCUUGCAGCAUUGCCUCUCAGCACCUCCAAUGCAUCAUCCCUUGCAGCGUUCUCCCUCAGCACCUCCAAUGCAUCAUCCCUUGCAGCAUUCCCUCUCAGCACCUCCAAUGCAUUAUCCCUUGCAGCGUUCCCCCUCAGCACCUCCAAUGCAUCAUCUCUUGCAGCAUUCCCCCUCAGCACCUCCAAUGCAUCAUCCCUUGCCGCAUUCCCUCUCAGCACCUCCAUGCGCCAUCCCUUGCAGCGUUCCCUCUCAGCACCUCCAAUGCAUCAUCCCUUGCAGCGUUCCCCCUUAGCACCUCCAAUGCAUCAUCUCUUGCAGCGUUCCCCCUCAGCACCUCCAAUGCAUCAUCCCUUGCCGCAUUCCCUCUCAGCACCUCCAAUGCGUCAUCCCUUGCAGCGUUCCCUCUCAGCACCUCCAAUGCAUCAUCCCUUGCAGCAUUCCCUCUCAGCACCUCCAAUGCAUCAUCCCUUGCAGCAUUCCCUCUCAGCACUAGUUACAGACAGAUCUUCUUGUAUCAGAAUGGUCUCAGGGUUUCCCAAUUUAUCGCUUGUUUAAAUAUUCAUUUAUUUUUAUAUUUAGGGGCAGCAGCAAGCUUCAGUUUAUUCUCUUGGAUUCAAUUAAUGGCCGUCACGGUAUUCAGGUGCGUUUUCCUCUGUACGUUAUAUGAUUAAAUCCAAAGUAACCCCAGUAUUGUGAAGCGUUUAUGUUGACCCCCCUCUCCUUCCCGCCCGUGUGUUAAAGGAGAGCUGAAUUGUGAGCUUUUACUAUAAAUCCCUUAUGAUUUGCCGCAAAUUAAAAUGUCUCAGGGAAGACUUGGGAUCUCCAUAAACUUCGCUAUCUGUAGCCAUCUUUAAAGGGAUAACACAGGCACCAUAACCACUACACCACACUGUCCAGCCACUCAUACUCUUACUUUAGCAUAAAAACAUUGAUGACAAAAAAAAUGAUAUAUGCACACAAAGAUAUAUGUAAACACACACACACAGUAAUCAUGACUCGCAUGUCAGUCAGUCAGUCGAUGAGAGGAUUCAUUUGAAUGUAACCCUUUCCUGCCGCCUUCAGUGUGUUCGAUUGAUUGUAUGCAGUGUAUGUUAAGCCGUGUCAUCACCCAGAUUGUGCAAUGGUGGAUUCUCUGUUUUUGUUAUGGAAUGUACAAUUCCUCUGCUGCAUUUGUUGUGUAGUCCUUUAAGGGGGCCUAUUAUAACUGUUAAUCAAUAACAAUUCUAUGUCUUUCUCCACAGGAAGAAGUCUUCCCCAGGGGAGCGCAUUGUAGUAACACCUUCCUUUGCGUCUGUUGGUAUGGAGACCACACAGCUGACAGAAGAGAACGCAGAUUUUGCGUCCCGCGGUCGCUACCAUCAUUCUUCUGUCAUUAGCACCGGACAGUUUGUUAACCAGUUUCAUUAGGAAGCCAUGGACAGACCUGUGAAUCUAAAAUGGAAACUGCACCAUGUCUUGGCUGCUAAAUUGUUAAUUGUAAACUUUCUUCCGUGGCAAAAGAUGGAUUUCCAGAACAGCGCUGUGGGAGAGCUAAAUGUGCCUUAUUCUUGUUAAAAAAAGAAAAAUGUUCAAGAAACUUAAUAGUUAAAAGCAAAAGGAAUUGUAAAUAAAUGUUCAUAGGGAAUUUAUUGCACGCACUCUGCAAGGUCCCUAGGUCUGCAUGCACUCUGCGAGGUCCCUAGGUCUGCACAAGGUCGCCAGGUCUGCAUGCACUCUGCGAGGUCCCUAGGUCUGCACGCACUCUGCGAAAUUGGGUCUAUGUGCAUUCUGCGAGGUCACCAAACCUGCGCACACUCUGCGAAGUCACAAGAAAAGAAACCAGUCACUGAGUGAAAGCCUAUGUGGAUCAUCAUUGCAGUAGUAUCUCUGGCACCUUAAUUACAGCUCUCAGAUUUUCCCUUGUGCUGUGGCUGGUUGUUUGUCAUGGGAUUUAAGGUUUGACAGACCCUGGUCUGGAUCUAAUAUACUGGGGAUAAUAGGAGUGUUUAACUGUGUGGCGUCAGCCAGUCUAUCAUGAGAUAGUCUGUGCUGUUUGGCCUGUGCAUGAUGGGUGUUGCAGCUUGCUGUGGAGCGGUGCCAUUGCUGCUGUGAGUAGGAUAGACUUGGCACUGCUAACAAAAAGUCAAGUAUUAGUUUUUUUUCUAUCAUCUCUGGUGAGGUACAGGAGGGAUUCCUGCUCCUCAGUACUGUGAAUGGAGAAUACUCUGUUAACCCCUUGCUGACAGACUCCAGCAAACUGUGCUUUGUCUCCUAUGCAGCAAUAAAUGAUUUCAUGUGAGAUGUUUAUUAGCUGUUUGUAUUCAGUCCUGGUAAAUGGUGAUGGUCUAUAUCAGCUCCUCAGAGGAGGGAAUACAUCCACUAACAGCACAGUAAGGGCCUCUCUAUCACCUUCCCUCUGCUUAGACUCCGUAAACUUCUCCCAUCGCAGUAUGUUAGCCCUAACUAACUCUGGAACUCCAAUCUGUCAAUUGAUCAAUAAUUAAAUCCAGAUGUAUCUCUGUUCCCCCCAAUCUCACUGCGCUAUUGGAUAUCCCCAAGCUAUGUCUAUACCAACCUGUAGAUGCCAAACAGAAGAGGGUUGGGCCAGGCACUCCAAUGCUGUAAAGGCAGGUUAUUGGAAGAAAAUGAACAUUGCAACGUUUCGACCCACACAGGGGUCUUUGUCAAGCUCACUGUGUUCCAAUGAACUGCCGUUCCUGCAUGGGGGAGCUUAGACCAGGGGUGCCCAAAAGGUAGAUCCCCAGAUGUUUUAAAACUACAGCUUCCAUGAUGCUUUGUCAUUUUAAAGGCAUGCAAAGCAUCAUGGGAACGUCUGGGGAUCUACCUCUUGAGCGCCCCUGGCCUAGACCAUCUCUCUUCCAUUUGGUAUCUUCUGGGCUAGUGCUGGGUCUGGUUAAUCACCCAACCUGUUUAUGUGAUUUGAAAGCAGUUCCUUUUUUGUUUUUGUAUGAUGUGUAUAUACCAACCUUUAGUACAUA